UACAUGUGUGUGUGUCAUGUCUUUUUUGUGUAUUUACUCCAUCUAGACUCGAAGAUUUCUAAGAAUUAUGGUACUUAAAAGAUUGAAAAAAUGCGUUAAAUCUUGAAUCUUGUGGUUGGUGCAUUUGUAAAACUAAACUAAUUUAGUUUAUCUAUUUAUAAAAGAAAACAAUAAGAAGAAGUCAUUAUGAAAAUUGCAAUAGAAGGAUGUGCUCAUGGUGAGCUAGACAAGAUUUAUGAAUGUAUAGAAACAUUACAAGACAGGGAGUCAAUAAAAAUUGAUUUACUGAUAUGCUGUGGUGAUUUCCAAUCUGUCCGCAAUAAUGAAGAUAUGCGGGCCAUGGCGGUUCCUGACAAAUAUCAACAUAUAUGUACAUUUUACAAGUAUUACAGUGGAGAAAAGCAGGCUCCUAUACUGACAUUAUUUAUUGGUGGCAAUCAUGAAGCCUCAAAUUAUUUACAAGAGCUACCUUUUGGUGGCUGGGUGGCACCUAACAUUUAUUAUAUGGGCAGAGCAGGAGUCAUCAAUUUUGGUAAUUUGAGGAUUGGAGGUUUAUCAGGAAUUUACAAAAGACAUGAUUAUUUACAAGGAUUGUGGGAAGCCCCACCAUACACUCAGCAAUCCCUGAGAACUGUGUACCAUGUCCGCUCACUUGAUGUGUUCAGAAUGAGCCAACUGAAGGAGAAAGUUAAUGUGAUGCUUUCCCAUGACUGGCCAAGAGGAAUCACAGAUUAUGGAGAUAAGGAACAUUUACUGAAGAGAAAGCCUUUCUUUAAGGAAGAUAUUGAAUCAAAUCAACUAGGCAGUAUACCAGCAGAGAGGUUAUUACAUACAUUAAAGCCAGAGUACUGGUUUGCAGCCCACUUGCAUUGUCAGUUUGCUGCCAUAGUUAAUCAUGAAGACAACCAAACAACAAAAUUUCUAGCCUUAGACAAAUGCCUGCCGAAACGCAGACACUUGCAGAUAUUGGAACUUCCAACUGAAUAUGAUGGUGAUAAGUCAUUGAAAUUGGAUGCAGAGUGGCUAGCUGUGCUCAGGAGCACCAAUCAUCUGCUAAGUGUCAAAAAUAUGGAUUGUCAUAUGCCAGGACCAGGGGGUAAUGAAAGAUACGUUUUUACACCUACUGAAGAAGAAAAAGAAGCUGUGGUGAAUAUAUUGCAAGACUUAAAGAUUACCCAUGACAGUUUUGUGAAGACUGCACCCAUUUAUGAUCCAAGAGCGCCAAAACGUGCCCCAAGUAAUCCAAUUUUAAACCCACAAACUGCAAAGUUAUGUGAAAAAUUAGGUAUUGAUGACCCUGUACAGGUUGUACUGGCUCGGUUAGGCAGAGUGAUGUCACAACCAUGCAUGGAAACUCUGCCAUCAGUACCAGAGUUGGUUCCAAGUGAAAAUGUAGUUACUAAAACUCCAAUGAAAACAACAAAAUUAUUUUUGCCGGCUCCAAGUACUCCAAGCCAACAUGAAGAUGAUGACUCUCAAAAGAACGUAAUAUUCUCUCCAGGGAGUUCUUUUGUCUCAGAUAAUGCUGACAGUGUAAAUGAGAGCACCACUCCCUUGUCCGCCUCUAAGAAAACUUUUAAAAGGCGAAACAUGUCACUGUACAAUACUCCUGACGGCGAUGACAGUGUAAGCACAGAGUCAAGUUGCAUACUGGAUGACAGUCCUCGGUCAAGUAAGUUACCUUUCAUAGGUAACAAGUUAUAAGUAAUAUUUGUUUAACAUAACAGGGCCUUUUAUAAUUUAUGUACAUGGUGAACAUGACAACAGGAUCAUCACAAAAUAGUACAAAAUUUAUUGGUUAAACUUGUAUUUAUUUAACCAAUUUCAGAUCUGUAAGUUGAAUCGACUUAUAAUAAUUUUUGGACAUGCAUUUUUAUUUUUAAGUAGGUAGUUAUUUUAAGACUAAUGAAAUUAAAAAAGUUCUAUAAACUUAUAAGAUAAUUUUUAAACAAAAUAAAAUAAUAGGAAAUAAAUAUUUUUAUAACAAAAAUUUAUCUUACAUACUAUCCCUGCAUGUUAUCACAUAUAAGUAUGUGAUAUUUUAGAACAAAUUACCCAAACAUGUAAUUAAUUUUAUAGUUAAUUUAAAACUAACAUUUUCUUAACAUAAUGAACUUGCACUGUGGUCAAUAUUUUAAACAUUUUAGUCAAUCAAAUGUUUAGUUACUCAGUCAUAAUAAUUAGUUUAAGCUUAAAUCAUGGACUGACAAAAUUACAGCUUGUAAAUUUUUUGCAAUGAAAUUAGUGCAAUUA